AUGGAGACCAAAUCAUCAAUGUACCUUUCUCAGUUUCCACUUUGGUUCCUCUGCUUUAUCAUAACACUGGUCUCAUCAUCAGCAUGGUAUGAUGAUCAUAUCUCAUUGAGAGAGAUUAACAGUGAAGAGAAUUUCAGUUUCCCGAGAAACUUCCUCUUUGGCACUGCUUCUUCUUCUUACCAGUAUGAAGGAGCUUACCUAACUGACGGCAAAACGCUAAGCAAUUGGGACGUUUUCACAAGCAUCCCUGGAAAAAUUUCUGAUGGAAGCCAUGGGAAAGUCGCUGUUGAUCAUUACCAUCGAUAUCCGGAAGAUUUGGAUCUGAUGGAAGAUCUUGGAGUUAAUAGCUAUCGACUUUCGUUAUCAUGGGCUCGGAUUCUUCCAAUGGGAAGAUUUGGAGACGUGAACAUGGCUGGUAUUGAUCAUUACAACAGUAUGAUCAAUGAUAUUCUAAGAAGAGGUAUCGAGCCAUUUGUCACCUUGACACAUUACGACAUUCCUCAAGAACUCGAAUUUAGAUACGGAAGUUGGCUAAAUCCACAAAUCCGGGAAGAUUUCGAACAUUACGCAGACAUUUGCUUCCAAUACUUUGGGAAUAGAGUUAAGUUUUGGUCUACUUUCAACGAACCAAACGUUCAAGUGAUUUUGGGUUACCGUAAAGGGACUUACCCGCCAUCUCAGUGUUCCAAGGCUUUCGGAAACUGCACACGUGGCGAUUCUGACAUAGAGCCACUUGUAGCUGCCCACAACAUUAUCCGUUCACAUCUAGCAGCCGUCAACAUAUACCGGACAAAAUAUCAGGAAGAACAAAGAGGAAAGAUCGGUAUAGUUAUGAACACGAUUUGGUUUGAACCGGUUAGUGAUUCUUUAGAAGAUAGAUUAGCUGUGGAGAGAGCUCAAGCUUUCUACUUGAAUUGGUUCUUGGACCCGAUUGUGUUUGGAAGAUAUCCAAGAGAAAUGCGGAAAAUUAUUGGAGAAGAUCUUCCUGAAUUCACAAGGGAUGAUCUUAAAAGCUCCAAGAGUGGAUUAGACUUCAUUGGGAUCAAUCAGUAUACAAGCAGAUACGCGAAAGACUGUUUGCAUUCCGCUUGUGAACCGGGCAAAGGAGGAUCGAGAGCUGAAGGUUUCGUAUAUUCAAACGCUCAUAAAGAUGGUUUACCUUUAGGAGAGCCGACCGGAGUAGAUUGGUUUAAUAUCUAUCCUCAAGGAAUGGAGAAGAUGUUGAUGUACACAACAGAGCGGUACAAAAACAUUCCAUUGUAUGUAACAGAAAACGGUUUUGGCGAGAACAAUACCGGAGUUUUGUUAAACGAUUACCGGAGAGUGAAGUUCAUGAGUAAUUACUUAGAUGCACUCAAAAGAGCAAUGAGGAAAGGAGCAGAUGUAAGAGGAUACUUCACUUGGUCCUUACUAGACAACUUUGAGUGGAUAUCUGGUUAUACCAUACGAUUCGGUCUGUACCACGUUGAUUUCGAUACUCAAGAGAGAACACCGAGACUAUCGGCUUCUUGGUACAAGAACUUCAUUUUCCAGCACAGAGCUCAAAAUGAUUAUGAUGAUGCCUGA